AUGUUUAUUGAAAAUGAAGUAAAUUUACAUACCUUCGAAAUUGAGAACUCACCUACUAUUAAAUAUUCUAGUAUAUAUCUUGAUAGUAUUCUUGAGUUAAUUUUACAAAAUCCAAAUUUCAUUUACAAUAUUAGAAAUUUAAAACUUUAUAAUAAAGUAUUUAAACAAUUAAAUGUUUUAGAAUCUGUUCAUAUUGUUUAUUGUUCAUCUUUAAAUGAUAGUUUUAUUCAACAAAUUAUUACUUUAACUAAACCAUUUAUGGGCAAGAUAUUACAAAUUGAAUCACUACAAUUAUUAUUACAAAAAUCUGGUGGUUAUUUAGAAAAUUUUGAUUUGGUUUUGGUUUUAGGGGAUCAUUAG